GCACGGACAGAAAACGCGGCCGACAGACCUACACCAGGUACCAGACCCUGGAGCUGGAGAAGGAGUUUCACUACAACCGCUACCUGACGAGGAGGAGACGCAUCGAGAUCGCUCACGCCCUGUGUCUCACCGAGAGACAGAUCAAAAUCUGGUUCCAGAACAGGCGCAUGAAGUGGAAAAAGGAAAAUAAAACUGCCUGCUCCGGCUCCAACAGCCAGGAAAAACAGGACGCGGAGGAUGACGAGGAGGAAUGA